AUGGGUGGAGGCGGCAAGAUUCCAUACCCUAAACACAUCUGGUCGCCUGCCGGUGGUUGGUACGGACAACCGCAGAACUGGAAAGCCAACACCGCGGUAUUUGGCCUGGUCAUCGCCGCUAUCACCGGUCUGGCGUGGAAGGUUUCGGCCGAGCGGGAACACAGAUACAGAUUUCCUGAGCGCGACGCUUUCUUUCCGAGUCGGUAUUGGACCAAACAGGUGAUCGAGCACGAUAAAGCGCAGAAAGGCCAAUAA